AUGGCUGAUUUCACCCCUGCGCAAAUCCAGAAAAGAGCAACUCAAGGCGCAUUUAUCAAGCGCCAGCUCUUCGUUGAACCACCCAUUACCUCCAUUGACGACGCGAAUCUAGCCGGAAAAACAGCCAUUGUUACAGGUUCUAACACGGGUAUCGGCUUCGAGUGCUGCCAGCAGCUUCUGGAUCUUGGCCUCAGCAAGCUCGUUAUCGCCGUUCGGACAGUAUCCAAGGGCGAGGAAUCCAAGAGACAGUUACUUGCGAGAAAACCAUCAACCAAAUGCCAGGUCGAAGUCACAAAGCUGGAUCUUUCGAGUUACGACUCUAUCCUUACCUUCGUGGAGUACGCUAAGGGACUCGAGAGGCUUGACAUCGUGAUCAACAACGCCGGUCUACUCAAGAGAACCUUUAAACAAGACCCAAACACCGGCCACGAGGAGACCAUCCAGGUCAAUCACCUCGGCAACUCUCUGCUCAUCAUCCUACUUAUUCCCGUGCUACAAUCGAAAAAUACCCCGACGGACCCUGGUCGCCUCUCCUUCGUCAACUCCGACACGCCUUCGUGGGCGAAAUUCAAAGAGAAGGACGCGGUGCCUCUCCUCCCAGGUUUCGAUCGCCCAGAGAACUUUGUCUUUGACGACCGGUAUUCAACAUCAAAGCUACUCGGUCAGCUCUUCUUAAAGGAACUCGCCAGUCGUAUUCCAGCAUCUGUCGUUGUCAUCAAUUGCAGCAACCCAGGUCUUUGCAAGUCUGGACUGAGCCGCGAGUUCAACGGCUCUUUUCUCGGGUACAUCGCGCAGAUCAUGCACUUUCUCCUCGCGAGGACGUCGUCUGUUGGGGCACGGUCGGUUGUCGAUGCGGCCGUCAACCAUGGAGCCAAAUCCCAUGGGCAGUAUAUUGAGGAUGGGGAGGUUGCGCCGAUGGCCCCCUUCGUGUACAAGCCCGAGGGCGAGAAGAUCGCCAAGCGGUUAUGGCAAGAGACGAUGGACGAGCUCGCUUUUGCGGGCGUAACGGAUAUCAUCAACAGCUUCAGUUCUAGCAAAUGA